CAGGCGAGCGGACCAGCGAGUUAAACAGCUGAUGCUUCGACGACACCGGCGAAAUGUCAAAGUCCAAGCAAAUCACACUACGUGUUCAGUCUUCAGAGGGAACAAAACGAGUAGAUGUCGAGCCAUCUGAUACAGUCUCUCGUUUGUUUGAAAAGGUUUUUGAUACCUUUGAAUUAAAUAGUUUUGGAUUUGGACUCUAUAGGCAACGAAAUCAUAAAGAUGAAAUUAUAUCUUCUCCUAGUAGAACAGUUUCUGGAGUUGGUCUUUCCCAUGGAGACAUGUUAUACUUGGCUCCGCUUAAUGGUACACAGAUAUGGAGCAUUCCAUCGACUAGCAGUGCUUCUGUUAAUAAGCCUCAAGAACCAGGACCAACCGAUGUAGCUGGACCAACAAAUCGAAACAACAAUGGGUCUAAAUCUGUACCUAAUAUAGUUGAAGAUGAAGUUGACGAACAAUUAUGGAAACUUGAUGGUAAAAUACAAAGAAGACGGGACGAAAAACUAUGUAGACACGGUGGAAACGGAUGUUGUGUUCAUUGUUCUCCUUUAGCACCUUUCGAUGAAGUUUACCUUAAGGAACAAAAUAUAAAACACUUGUCUUUCCAUUCAUAUCUCAGGAAGCUCACUGCAGGUGUCGAUAGAGGGAAGUUUAUACAAUUAGAUGACAUAAGCUGCCGUAUAAAGACUGGUUGCAAAGAUCAUCCUCCUUGGCCGCGAGGCAUUUGUAGCAAAUGUCAACCGAAUUCUAUAACUUUGAACCGUCAAACAUAUCGUCACGUGGACAAUGUUAUGUUUGAAAAUCCAACAUUGGUCGAACGAUUUCUCAAUUACUGGCGUGACACUGGCCUCCAACGUAUUGGAUAUCUGUAUGGAAGAUAUGAGAUUCACACAGAUGUACCGUUAGGGAUUAGAGCUGUUGUCGCGGCCAUUUACGAGCCGCCGCAAGAAAGUGCAAAAGAUUCUAUACGACUUUUACCAGAUGAGAAAGCAGCAUUAGUGGACGAACUGGCUCAAUUACUUAAUUUAAAGAAAGUUGGAUGGAUCUUUACGGAUCUGCUAGCUGAUAAUGUCAAAAGAGGAACGGUGAAACACACUCGAAACGUAGAAAGUCAUUUUAUGUCUGCUCAAGAGUGCAUUAUGGCUGGACAGUUUCAAAAUCAGUUUCCAAAUCCCUGUCGUUUUUCGCCGAGCAAUUAUUUCGGCUCAAAGUUUGUUACCGUAUGCGUGACUGGGGAUGCUAAGAAUCAAGUUCACAUGGAAGGUUAUCAAAUAUCAAACCAAUGCAUGGCAUUAGUACGGGAUGGCUGCCUGGUCCCUACGAAAGACGCUCCAGAAUUGGGCUAUGUAAUUGAAUCCAGUGACAAACAAUACGUUCCAGAUGUCUUCUACAAGGAAAAAGACUCGUAUGGAAAUGAAGUGUCGAGGCUAGCAAGACCUUUGCCCGUAGAAUAUUUAUUGGUAGACAUACCUGCGUCCACGCCACUCACUCCACAAUUUACUUUUUAUGUUAGCGAAAAUAUCACUCCAUUCCCAAUUGAAAAUAGGCACAUUGAUGGACAAGUUCAAGAUUUUCAUUCCCUUUGUUCUUAUAUGCAACAAUUUACUCCAGAACAAUUUCUGGAGGCAACUUCAGAUUUUCACUUGUUACUUUUCAUUGCGACAAUGGACAUAUUUCCAAUAAAGGAUCAUAUGUUACCACUGUUAGAAGCAGUUCGUGAUAAAGACAAGGAAAAAGCAAUAAAAUGGGCUCGUUCUGAGCAUUGGGCAAAAGUAGAAGAACUUUUCUCGGCAAUGUCACCUACAGAACACUCACCUGAACCAUCAUCGUUCAAUAGUACCGCAAGAGUGCCAUCUUCUUCAGUGGCUGCAGGAGGUACUGGGGUUGGCAUUGGUACUGGUACACAGCCAGCCGCAAAUCCAAUUCCAGACGAGGAGCUUUGGACUUGUUCUUAUUGCACUUAUCUCAAUGCAGUAGAAACUAUAAUGUGCGAAAUGUGUGGUUUGCCAAGGUAUACAAUAUAACAAACUGUCAAUACUAUAUUGCUUCUGUAUGCAUUUAAGGGUGUUAUCCAUAAGUUGCUACUUUAAUUCCGUAG